AUGAAGAAGAGAGUGAAGGUGUGUGUGACUGGAGGAGCUGGCUACAUUGCCUCUUUUCUCAUCAAGCAUCUUUUACAGAGAGGCUACACUGUUCAUGCCACUCUUCGAAGUUUAAAUGAUGCUUCGAAAGUGGGACUACUAAAAGGCCUUGAUCAUGCAGAAACAAGAUUGAAAUUAUUUGAAGGUGAUAUAUAUAAUCCAACUGAUUUUGCAGCUGCAAUUGAUGGUUGUGAGUUUGUGUUUCACAUAGCUACGCCGAUGCAACACCACGAAGGCAGCCAGUACAAGGAUACUGGCGAGGCUGCAGUGGCUGGGGUGAAGAUCAUAGCUGAAAGCUGCAUUAAAUCGAACUCGGUGAAGAAACUCAUCUACACCGCUUCUGCGAUGGCUGCGUCCCCCUUAAAGGGCGGCGCAUCCGGUUACAAGGAUGUCAUGGACGAGACUUGUUGGUCUCCUCUCGAUCUCCCCUAUGAAAUGUACUUCGAUUAUAUAAAUUCGAAGACAUUAGCCGAGAAAGUGGUGCUGAGCUACAACGGUCUAGGGAUCGAAGUGGUGAGCCUCGCGUGUGGGCUCGUUGGAGGCGAAACGAUCCAGCCCUUCCUCUCCUCGAGCAUUACCGUGCUUAUAGCACAAGUCAUGAAUGAUGCAACAUUGUACAAAGGUUUGAGAGAAUUAGAAGAUUUGGAUUCCAAGGUUCCAAUUGCACACUCACAAGAUGUGAUUGAAGCACACAUUUUUGCAAUGGAAAAUUCAGACAUGAAUGGCAGAUUCCUUGUUGCUAGUGCUUUCUUGAAAUCAGCAGAAAUUGCAUCUCUCAUUCACAAACAUUUUCCAAACAUCAAUAUCCCACCUGAAUUGAAUGAAGAUACAAAGAGAGAGACCAAAUGGGGUUCAAGAAAGCUACAGGAAAUGGGAUUUGAGUACAAAUGUGACGCUGACAAGAUAAUCUAUGACAGUAUUGUUUGUGCUAAGAAAUUUGGCAGUGUGGUUUGA